CGAGAUGAUGUUCGUGGUUUUCGUGUUUACAUUGGAAAUUUUCAAAAUUUAGCUUUUCUCCACAGCAAUUCUUUUGGAAAUUAUAGUCCCAAAUUAAUUAUGCAGUGGUUGGAGGAGCCCUGCACAUGCACAUGGGAUCGGUCCCGGCGCCCGUGGCCCACAAAGCCUUCCAUCCCUCCGGGAUCGGAAAAUUGGUACCAGACUUGUCUGGGAGUUUCCGAGUCAGCGUCGGGACCACCAGAAUUCACUGAAGCACGCGUAUCUCGUAUUCCUAAACGUACUGACAGCGUAAAAACGCCGAUCAUCGAAAGAAAAUUACCUUCAUUACCGAAAUCUGUUACUCAACGAAGCCAUAGUGCUGAAGAUAAGGUGAGAAGUUUCAUUAAAGGAAAGGGAAAAGGUGGAGAUAACUCGUCCCCAAAUGCGACACCCAAGAAUAUCUCCCAGCCACGUUGA